AUGAGAGCAGUAUCGGUCAAAAAUGGCAAGGGAGAUGCAGAUGCUAUGUUCAUUGAUGCCAAUGUUCCUGAUCCGACCCUUGCAAAUGAAUCCAUUCUCGUUCAAAUUGAAGCCUUUGGGCUGAACAGAAUGGAUAUCAUGCAGAGAGAAGACCGAUACCCUUACCCAUUGCUUCCUGAGUCGGGUAAAAUCAUGGGUGUUGAGUUCAGUGGGAUUGUUGAAAAGUGUGGCGAAGGAUGCACCGAUAGAUUCUCUCCGGGAGACAAAGUCUUCGGAUUGGCAUACGGUGGAGCGUACGCAGAAAAAAUCGUAGUUUCAGAGAAGAUGUUGAUGCUAUUACCUCCAAACCUCUCCUUUAUAGAGGCAGCCGGCAUCCCUGAGACAUUUUUCACAGCGAUUCAGGCAAUAUUUCUCGUUGGAAAUCUCCAACCCGGCCAAACAGUCCUCAUUCAUGCAGGGGCGUCAGGAGUAGGCCAAUCCGCAAUUCAACUAGCCAGGCUAGGAGGGGCCUCAAAGAUCUUCACUACAGCAGGGAGCGAUGAAAAAUGCAAUUUAUGCAAAACUCUCGGCGCACACUUCGCGACAAACUAUAAAUCCGGCGACGAUUUCGCUCAACUGGUUGAAAAAGAGACCAACAGCCGUGGUGUAGAUCUCAUAGUGGAUCUUGUGGGACGGAAUUACUUCCACCAGAAUAUGAAGUCUGCGGCUAUGGACUCUAGAAUGGUACUUGUGGCUGCGCUGAGUGGAAGCAAGAUCGAUGAUUUUGAUCUUCGUGCUUUGCUGAACAAGCGAAUUUGGCUGAUGGCGACUACGCUGAGGACUCGCGAUGCUGCAUACCAAGGUCAAGUGCGAGAUGUUUUUCUUGAGAAGGUCAUGCCACACUUGAAGGAUGGGGAGGUUCGAAUAACUGUGGAUCGAGUUUAUUCAUGGAAGGAUGUCGCAGACGCUCAUAAGCGACUGGAAUCGAAUGUGAAUGCAGGGAAAAUUAUCUGCAGAGUGGAGUGA